AAGUGGACUCAUUUGUCGCGUUCAAGCGCGUCGUUAGGGAACGUCCUGGUGUGCAAGCAGGCGCUUCCGCUGCGUUCCAGACGAGUACGCGACGUGUGGCGGGCAGGUCGAGCAGCUCGAGCCCGGAGCUAACGUCGUGUUACGUGUGGACGAGCUCGGUCUCCACCGGUGUUUACAGUGCGACGACAAAUGACCGUGAGACGAGUCGUUAGAUCGCGGCCUCGUCCGUGGCACGUUUAAUGCGCAAGUCGCUCUACUCGUUUAUUGUUUGUUCGCGAGCACAGAAAUGAUCUUAAAAUUCAAAACAGCUCAACGACGUUCAGGUCAGUGACAAUUAAAACGCUAAAGGUUACAGCUUCAUAUCACCUCGACGUAACCGCCCCAGUGUUGUGACUCUGAGGAACAGCGAGUCCACGGGAACAACAAAGAGCCUCCACGAGACGCCGACCUGUGACGUCGACCGGUGACGUCGUCGCUUUAAGGCCAGUGACGUCAGGCGUGCAGAGUUAGCCUCCCCCACCACUCUGCAACAAUGACCACCAUCGUGCACGACACCACAGAGGCCGUGUGCCUCUCCACCGAGUACAGCCUGUACCUCAAGCCCAUUGCCAAAAUCACCGUCAGCGUGGCACUGCCGCAGCUCAAGCUCCCGGGCAAGAGCAUCUCCAACUGGGAGGUGAUGGAGCGGAUAAAGGCCAUGGUGGCCCCGGAGCAGUUCUCGGCCCUUCGGAUUUCCAAGAGUACAAUGGACUUCAUCCGCUUCGAAGGAGAGGUGGAGAACAAGGCGGUGGUCAAGAGCCUGUUGGCCCGUCUGGACGGAAAGAGCAUCAAACUCAGUGGAUUUACUGAUGUACUGAAGGUCCGUGCAGUGGAGAAUAAGGUUGACUUCCCUGCACGUCACGACUGGGACUCAUUCUUCCGCGACGCCAAGGACAUGAAUGAGACAGUGCCAGGAGAGAGACCUGACACGAUCCACCUGGAGGGGCUUCCCUGCCGCUGGUUCAGCCAGAAGGACAGUCAGUUCCCAGACCGGCCCUCCGAAGAGGUCCUCAGUGCUGUCUUCCAGACUUUUGGCCAGGUGCGUAAUGUUGACAUCCCUAUGCUGGACCCGUACAGAGAGGAAAUGCUGGACAAGAACUUCAAUACAUUCAGCUUUGGGGGCCAUUUGAACUUUGAGGCUUAUGUUCAGUACCAGGAAUAUUGUGGCUUCACCAAGGCCAUGGACACAAUGCGCGGCAUGAAGCUGAUGCUCAAAGGAGACGAUGGGAAGGCAGUGGCUUGCAACAUCAAGGUGGCGUUUGACACCAGCAAGCACCUGAGUGAGCUGGCUCUGAAGAGGAGGACCAUGGAGAGGAUGAAGUUACAGGAGCUGGAGAGGCAGAGGGAGGAGCAGAAACGGCGGGAGAAGGAAGAGGAAGAGCGCCUUAAGGAGGAUGAGAGGAAACAGAAGGAGCAGGAAGAGGAAGAGAAGGAGAGGAGGAAGGAGGAGAGGCUGCGCAAACGAGAGCAGAAGCUCCAGGAGAAAGAGCAGAGGAAGAACCUGAAGAAGGUGAGGCGUCAGCAGGAGGAGGAGCAGAAGAAGCUGCAGAUGAAGAUCGCAAUGGAGGAGCGGAGGCUGCUGCUGGCUCAGCGCAACCUGGAGUCUAUACGGCUUAUCGCUGAGCUGCUGGCCAGGGCCAAAGCCCUGAAGCAGCAGCAGCAGGAGAAAGAGAGGGCCGAACGCGAGGAACAGGAGAGGCAGGAGCAGGUUAGACAGAAGGAGGAAUUAGCCCGACUCCAGCAGCUUGAAGCCUGCCGACGCAAGCAGGAGGAGGAGCUCCACAGGGUGGAGGUGGAGAAGCAGCGAGCACUUGAGCUCCAGCGCCGAGAGAAGGAGCUAAGAGAGAAGCUGCUUGGUAACCUAUUGAAGAAAAGCAACGACAGAACUGCAAAACCUCCUGGUACGCAGGACCAAGCCGGCUCCGUACCCGCCGAGGAGGCCUCCGUUCCUGGCGGGGCCGUUGCGAUGCUGGGGGUUCUGGGGCUGGUAAACGGAGUGAAGGCAGCUGAGAGCAAAGAGAAACAAAUGUCCAAGUCCAGUGUUUCAGGGAAAAACAGAGCGACGGAGGGGAGGAGGGAAGCAGAGGACAGGAAGAAAGGCCGGGAGGGACGGAGGGAAGAGGUGGCGAGGAGCAGGCAGAGCAGAGAGCGAGCGAGGGAGCAGGACCACUCCCACAGGGAGCGGAGCUCCCGCAGUAGGGGGAGGAGGAGGCGCUCCACAAGCCACAGCAGGAGAAGAAGGAGCUCCAGCCACCACAGGCGGAGCUCCAGCCGCCACAGGCGGAGCUACAGUCACCGUGGCAGCAGGCGGCGCAGCCAUAGCAGCAGGAGCACAAGCUCGAGCAGAGACAGGAGCAGAAGCAGCAGUGGGAGGAGUUACAGUGGGGGGAGGGGCCACAGACAGAGUCACCGUAGGUGCAGCAGGGACGGCUCCAGGGGCAGCAACACGAGCAGAGACCGAAGGAGUCACAGUCGUUACAGUCGCAGACACAGGAGACACAGCAGCAGUAGAGACAGGAGUCACUCCAGACGACACUGACCUCAGCGGUUCAAUCAACUGAUGUUUUUAGAUAUUUUUUUGUCCCAUAAUUAAACGAUGUGGCAGUUGCAAAUCCCAUAUAAGACAACUUGACCUUAUGAAAUCAACUGAAACAACAAUGUACGUGUGAAAUGAUAGUGCAGUCCAAAAGUGAGACCACUAUUUGAAAGACAUGCAGUGUUGUAUUUAAUUCUAGGUUGUCGCUUUUACUGUUUUUUUCUGUAGCCCUUUUUUUUUUUAAAUUUCAUAUUGUUAGAUCGCAGCUGCUGAGAAUUUAAUUUAGUGACAAAAGAAAAUGUUUUACAAUCUGGUUUCAUUAGAAUGUUAUACUUUGCUGUGUGUAACAAAUAUUGUAUUAUCCAUCAGUUAUUUGGAGUGGCAACUAUAACUCAUCUCUGAAAAAUUCCACACAUUAUUGGAUAUUAAAAUUUGGUUCAGAUUUAGUAAUCCUCCAUAUACACUUAUCAGUGAUAUUGAUUAGGUUGGCAGUUGCAAACAUGGACUCGCCUGUCGACGACCUUUUUUUAAAAUUUUCUCCACGUUUAUGCAUGAACAACAUUGAGCUUUAGAAGGACUGAAGUUUCUUAAAGACUGCAUGACAUUUCAAACACUUUUACAUCGAGCAUGAUAAAUUACACGAGCACCCGAACAAUUCCCUCGUGGCUGCUGUAGACGUGGAAGACUUCUAGGUGAACUGUGAUGAAAAAGGGCUGCUGCUCCGUUACAAAUGUGAAGUUUCUGCAGACUCAUUCCUCUGUGUUUAGGGCCACCGUUGUUUUCAUGGAAUAUAGCUCCAGUAAUGACUGCGUUGCCGUUCAGCAGCUCAGACAAACAUUUCAGUGGACGGUAUUUUUGACGAUCACAAAAAAUCAGUUUGGAAAGAAGGAUUUUCCUUUUGUUUUCGUUUUUAUUUUGAAAUUUUUUUGCAAGGAAAGUUUGAGGAGUCUGUCAGGAACCACUCUAUACUUACUGCAGUGUGUUCUUCCCUCGACCCCUGCUUUUUGCCCUCUGCCAUUUUGAGCAUCGGCAUUGUGAGAGGCUAAAUACAUCCACUAUAUCCUGCCCUCAAACAAAACAUUUUGUACUCGGGAAUUUAAACAAUUGGGUGUCCAUUAUAUAGAGAGCAGUGAAUGAGGAAGUGAUUUCCUUCACAGCUGACUCUGCAAACAGUAUACCCCCUAUUUCAUAUUUGAGUCUUUAUUGUAAGUGACGGAUUUGACGCCACUUUUGCUUUUCAAGUUGGAACUAAGUUAAGUCAUUGUUGAGGAAACCAGCUUAUUGGAUUCAAGCGAACCAGCGCAGUACAAAUAGAAUGCUAGGAUGUAACUCUGCUGUCAUGCUCACGCUGUAGUGACGGAUUUAUUUCUUUAGCUUUACUAUCCACUGUACAGGCUGAUCUGUCAGUGUCAGCUUUUUCGAAACUUCUACUUUGACAUUAGUUACUUGUCAUAGACAAGCCCGUUUGUCAUGUAUAUAUAUACUGUAUCCUCUGCUGGAAAUGCUACAGCAUGCCUCGCAUUACGUGGUUGAAAUAAAAAUCUUUUGAGAACUUUU